AUGAGGUACAUCGGAGGGACAUUACCGGUUUCCGAUCAAACUCUAGUGACACUAAGCUACGCAAUACGGGGUGAAGGUUCAGGCGGUUGGGCGCGGGGCGCGUGGGGCGGGCGGGCGGAGGGGUGGGGUGUGAGAGGCUGGAGGCUGGUCCGGCGCGCGCGUCGGCCGCGUCGCCAUUCCGUGUCGCGCACCCGCAUCGAUCGCCCGCGCCGCGCCGCCCGCGCUCCAACGCUCCACCGCACCGCCAGCCGCCACCUGCCCCGCACCGGUAACGUACCGUUCACACCUUACACCGCCCGCUUUGCUUGUCGUACCGCCGAGGCGCCGAUCGCACUCGCCUCGCCACCCACGCUCCUUCACACGCCUUCCAGUGCUACGCGCCAAUUUCCUCCUCGGUGUUUGUCAACACACAGUGAAGGCGAUCGGUGUUUCGAUGGCGACUUACGUCACUUAUUACGAUCCGCGGCGAAAGUGCAUCCGGGGAAAUGGAGCUCAAGGUCGCCACCAAUGUUCACCAACACCACUGCAAAGAUCCAAUUUGACUUUGCCAGCCUAAAUAGUUCAAUGAGCGGU